AUGCGCGCGCAGGCGAAAGAUCAGCGCGCCAAAUCUUCCGCCAUGCGCGAGGCGGGGCUGUACGCGGGCGCGCAGAAGGCGCUGAAAGCCGCGCGCGAGCUGGAGAAGCGCGCCAAGGACAAGGACGAUUCCGCCGCAAUCGCCGCCGCAACCGCCACUGCAUCCGCCGCCGCGCUUGCGGGCGCGUCCAGGGAGGCAGAAGAGAUAGCGCGAGAAGCCAUGGCUCGCGGAAACGCGCUUGGCGCAGCGGCUGGCGCGCGCGGGGCGGUAGGAAAACGCGUAGCGGAAACGAGAUCCCGUGAAGCGGCGCCGGAGGUCCGAUCCGUGGAUACGGGGAAAGCGGGAGGGGCGGGUAGAUCUGGAGCUGCUGGCGCAAGAGCAGGCGGGGAGCGCAAGGGCGCGGCGGCGGAAGGCGUGAAGACGGAGCGGAAGGGGCUAGCGCGGCUGCACGCGGGCGGGGACGACGACGGGGAAAUGUUGGCGCAGCUCCGCGAGCUGGGAUGGGCGGAACCAGUGGGAGGAACAGGCGGGGGACUUUUAGCGGGGCUUGAUGACGCGGACGGCGCGAGAGCGGAGCAUGACGAAGUGAGCGCGGCGCGAGAAGCAGCGGAAGCGCAGGUAUUGGAGUUAAAGCGCAAGGCGCGGCAACUUAAGGGGCAGGGGCAGGUUCAAGAGGCGCUGGCGGAACUAAGAAAGGCUAAGAAGCUGGAGAAAGAAAUAGAAGACGGCUCGUUCUUACUGAAUCUGGCGGAAGGCGGCGAGGGGGGGCAUGAGGAUGAGGAGAAGCGGCUUCUAGCCAGAGACGAGGAGGAAGAGGAGGGAACGGGGAUAGAUGGUGUUUCUGGUGGGGGUGGAGGGGGGAGGAGGGGAGGGCGAGGAGGUGGUGACUAUAUGGGAGGUGCUUAUGACGAUGGGGAGUGUAUGGAUGAGCUGAAGGCUCUUGGGUGGGAGUCAGAUGAGGAAGGGGAGGAGGGCGAGGGAGAGGGGGAAGGAGGGGGAGGGGGAGGGAAGGGAAUGGAGGAGGAGGAGGUGGAUAUAGCAGCGAUGCAGGCAGAGGCGUUGGAUUGGAAGAGGAAAGCGGUGGGCUUUAAGAGAGAGGGGCGGAUGGGAGAGGCGAUGGAGGCUUUAAGGCGCGCCAAGGGGCUAGAGGCGAGGAUAGAGGCGGCUAUCAUGCUGGGCGUGGGAGGGGAUUCCAUGGGCCGUGAUUCUUCCAUGGGGGGUGCUGCUUCUGCUGCAGCAGCAGCAAGAGCAACAGAAAUAGCAGGCGUAGCAGGCCCACCACCACCACCGGCAGCAGUCACAGCAGCAGAACCACCACCGGCAGCAGAGCCGGCAGCAUUAGCGGAUAUGGAUGAGCGAAUCCGCGCAAUCCUCAUGAGUGGUGAUGAUGAUGAUGUUGAUGGGGAUGGGGAUGAGGAGGAGGAUGAUCCGGACAUGCUAGCUGCUCUCGCUGCUGCUGGGUGGGUGAGAGAAGAGUCGAGCAAAGCAGAGGAGAAAGGAGGGAAAGAGGCGGCAGAGGAGGAAGCAAGCCCUGCCGCCCCGGAGCCAGAAACUGCCGAGGAACUUGAGGCGGCGGCGCGGGAGUGCAAGCUGGCUGCUGUGGAGCUGAAGCGGGAAGGGAGGCUCGGAGAGGCCUUGGAUCAGCUGAAACGAUCCAAAGAGCUGCAGGCUCGGGCUGACCAGGCUCGGGCUGACCAGGCUCGGGCGGAACAGGCUCGGAAUGAAACGUCUGAGGAAGCAAAGGCAGCAGUAGCAGCAGCACCAGCAGCACCAGCAGCAGCACCACCAGCGGUGCCGGCAGCAGCACCACCACCCGCAGCAGCAGCAGCAGUGCCGGUAGCAUUGGCAGAUAUGGAUGAGGGAAUUCGAGCAAUCCUCAUGGGUGGUGGUGAUGAUGAUGAUGAUGGUGAUGAUGAUAAUUUUGACGUGGGCGAUGGUGAUGGGGAUGGGGAUGAGGAGGAGGAUGAUCCGGACAUGCUUGCUGCUCUCGCUGCUGCCGGGUGGGUGGGGGAAGAGCCGAGCCAAGCAGCGAAGGAAGAGGAGGAGGCGGGAGAGGAGGACGCAGCAGCACAGGCAUUACACGAAAGGAAGGAGGAGAAAGAAGGCAGGGGAGAUGGAAGAAGAGGAGGAGACAGGGCAGAUGGAAAAGGAGAAGGUUUGCAGAGUGAACAGGAGGAAGAGAAGGUGGAGACAAGCCCUGCCGCCCCGGAGCCAGAAACUGCCGAGGAACUUGAGGCGGCGGCGCGGGAGUGCAAGCUGGCUGCUGUGGCCCUGAAGCGGGAAGGGAAGCUCGGAGAGGCCUUGGAUCAGCUGAAACGAUCCAAAGAGCUGCAGGCUCGGGCAGAUCAGGCUCGGGCGGAACAGGCUCGGAAUGAAAAGUCUGAGGACAAAAAGACGGAGGAAAGGAAGGCCGGGAACUGUGAGGGGACUGGAGAGGUCAUUGGUAGUGGCUGCGGCAGCAGUGGUGGUGGUUUUGCUUCUGCUGUUGCUGCUGAUGCUGGUGGCGGCAGUGGUGGUGGUGCUGCUGCUGCUGCUGCUGACACAGGGCAGUUGGGUGCAGGAAUCAAUACUGCAGUGAUUGCUACUAGCAUGGCACCUGCUGUUGCUGCUUUGCUCGCUGCCAUGCAACAGCAACAGCAGCAGCAGCAGCAGCAGCAGCAGCAGCAGCAGCAGCAGCAGCAGCAGCAGCAGCAGCAACAGCGGGAAGAACAAGAGGUGUUGAUAGAAACAUCAAGCAGCGGGGAAGUAUCACAGAGUGCAGUUGACACAGAGGGAAGCAAGGAGGGAGGGGAGAGCAGCAGGGAAGAGAUGGAGGCUGAGUUGCAGGCGUGCAGGAGACGGGCGGUGGGUUUCAAGAGGGAGGGUAAGCUGGGGGAGGCGUUAUCUGAGCUCAAGAAGGCCAAGGCGCUUGAGAAACAGCUGGCAGAGACAGGUGGUACCAGCAGUGGUAACUCCGGUAACAACAGUGGUAACACUGGCCGUAGCACUUCUGCUGGUGCUGCUGCUGCUGCUGCUUCUUCUGCUCCUCCCGCCACUUCUCCUCCUGCUGCUGCUGUUGCUGCUCCCAAACCCUCGAAACCUGCAGCGCCUCAGAGGCGACCCGCUCCUCCCCCUCCUCCUUCCUUCAUGUCCUUUGGUCUAGGGGAUGAUGAUGAUGCUGAUGAUGAUAUGGGCAUAUUUGACGAUGCUCUCAUGGCGAACCUCCGUAGCCUCGGGCUCGCCGGACCUGCCCCGGGCGGCCGCCAAACCAGCCAGCCUGCUUCGGGCAAACCUGUGCCGGCCAAACCUGCUCCGGCCAAACCAGUUGUGGCUUCUGGUUCGGGUGGGAGUGGGGGUGGGAGUGGGAGUGGGAGUGGGAGUGGGGGGGAAUCCCUGUCGCUGCAGCAGCAAGUGAUGGAGCAGAAGAGGAGGGCGGUUGAGUUGAAGAGAGCUGGAGACACGACAGGGGCCUUGGCUGCUCUUAAGCUCGCCAAACAACUGCAGGCGCAGAUGGGUUGA